AUGAGGAGUGAGAGCUGCGUGACAUCCGGUACCCACUGCACCAUCACCUCCUCCCGCAUCAGCAACCGCAACUGGUUUGCUGUACAGGUGACUGCUCUGGACACACUCACUGGCGCGGUUGCACGCUCACACCCAGACUGCAGAGACGGAUGGCUAGAAGCCAGAUUGCAUCCUGUGGUCCUGACUGAGCUACAGCGUGUGGAAGGGAAGCCUGAUUGCCUGAGGCUUCACUGGGAAGAGAGCGGCUAUUUCACCCCAUCAAAGACAGAGGUGACGACCAAAAACAUCCUGCAGAUGCAGAUCGAACUUCACUCAGCUGAGCAGAUCCUAAUCCAGAACAGGACCGUGUCCGACUUCUCCUUUCUGGUGUGUGACCUCGUCCCCAGUCGCACCUACUCGGCCCGCGUGCGGUGCCGUCUUGACCUCGGUCAGGGCCAUUGGAGUACAUGGAGCAACCAACUCAUCAACAGUACUGCAGAGGACGUUCCGUCCACUUCUCCUCUGGUCUGGAGCUUCAUGGAGGCGGAGCGUGUUACUCUACUGUGGAAGGCUCCAUCACGGCCUAAUGGGCGCAUAGUGAACUACAGUGUGGCGUGCCAGGAUCUCCACAGCAGCAAGCUGGACCAUAGCAAGAACAAAGAUGCUGAUGCUGAUGCUGAUGGACGCCUCAGCGGUUGUGCUGCGAUGGGCCAACGGUGUCUUGGGUCGGCAUGGCAACAGCUACAGCUGUCUUGCCCGAUGUCCUUACCCUCCGCAAACACACUCGGCGGCCGCCCGGGUGAAUGUGUGUGCUCCGUACGAGCUUCCAACUCGGCCGGGGCGUCACCAAGUGGAUAUGUCAUCGUGGGAUCAGAAGGCUCCAGAGGACCGCCCCUGUCCUCCCUGCACUUCACCCCACUCGGGGAUCACCAACUGGGGCUGCGCUGGAGCCUUGGCCUGGGUGGAGGUCCCGAGGAGGUGGAGGGGGUGCAGGGCUUUAUAGUCCAGUGGUCAUCGGAGUACCCUACCACACCAGAGAGCCUGUACUGGGACUGGGUGAAUGGGUCAUCCAGGGACUACGUCAUCAGAG